CCUUCCCCUCAGAGAAAAAAAAACACAAACCAAAAUUUCAUUUCCGUCUCUGCGUUGAAGGGCACAUUUUAUCGUCUUUCAAAAACCCUAACUCCUUCCAUUUCACGAUUCUUUCUCUAAAAACCUAGCUCUGGUUCGCCGUCUUCGUCUGUUUUUUCCCUAGCUAUUGGAACCCCUAGUUCUGGUUCUUCACUGAAACCCUAACUCGCCAUUUCUCGGCUGUUUUUGUUCUCGCUCUGUGAAAUCCCUAGCGCACUACUGCCCAUCUGAUUUUUGCUCUGGUUCGUGAAAACCCCUGUUUGUUUUAAAAAAGGGGCUUUAUACGAGUGCGCGAUGCCGCCUCGAGGAAAGAGAGGGGGUUCAGCCAGGAAGACAACACCCAGGACAAAGAAAGCGCAAGCCAAGGAUGUGAAGGAGGAACCGGUGAUAGAACCAGCCAUUGUUGAUGUGGAACCGGUGAUAGAACCAGCCACUGUUGAUGUGGAACCGGUGAUAGAACCAGCCAUUGUUGAUGUGGAACCGGUGAUAGAACCAGCCAUUGUUGAUGUGGAUAAAGCUUCUGAAACAGAGGUUCCCAUGGCUUCUUCCUCUCCCACAAACGUUACUGAGCCAGAGGUGCUUAUAGUGGCUUCAUCUCCUCAGAAGGUCACCGAGCCAGACGUGUCUGUAGUUUCUUCAUCUCCUCAAAAGACUUCUGAAACAGAGGUUCCUACAGUUCCAUCUUCUCUGAAAGAUUCUGAAACAGCCUCUGUUUUAGAGAGCCCUGAGCACGAGAAGGUGCCCGAAAGCGAUAAUGGUUUGGGUGAUGUUGUGAUGGAGAAGGAAGAAGAACCAGAGAUCCAAGAGGAAGAUGGUGAAGCUAAAGAGCACAAGGCUGAAUCAAUGGAUUUCGAUCAAGGUGUCUCGCAUGCCGAGCAGGAUGCAGUUGAAGAAAAUACAGCAGGUAAUGUUGCAGACACUACCGAUAUGCAUGAAGACAGCGAUGGACCUGCUGAAGCUGAUGAAGGGGUUGAAGGGGGUGAAGAUGCUAACCCAAGUGAAAGUGAUAAUGAAGAGGAAGAACCCAUGGAAGAAAAUGUUGAGGGAGAAGACCCUUCUUUAUAUAUGGAAGCUUCUCUAUCAGAGAGAAAAAAAGAGAAAGAAUUUGAAAUAUUCAUUGGUGGGUUGGAUAAGGAAGUUGUUGAAGAAGAUUUAAUCAAGGUCUUUGGUGAAUUUGGAGAGAUUGAACAUGUAAGGCUUCUGAAGAAUCCUACAACCAAGAAAAACAAGGGUUUUGCAUUUAUUCGAUACGCUACUGUAGAGCAGGCCAGAAAGGCUUUGGCAGAACUGAAGGAACCAGAGGUGAGGGGCAAGCGAUGUGGGAUAUCAGCUAGCCAGGACAAUGACACCCUAUAUGUGGGCAACAUUUGCAAGACUUGGACAAAAGAUAAAGUACUUGAGACAUUGAAGAGCCUUGGGGUUGAACAGAUUGAGGAAAUGCUUAUACCUGAUGAUCCAAAAAGUGAAGGAAAGAGUAGGGGCUUUGCUUUUCUGGAGUUCAGUACACAUUCUGAUGCUAUUGCAGCAUUCCAAAUUCUGCGGAAACCAAAUGCUGUUUUUGGUUGUGAUCGAAGUGCAAAGGUGUCAUUUGCUCAAUGUUCGAUGCAUCCUAGUGAGGAGGCCCUCUCACAGGUGAAAACUGUUUAUGUUGAGGGCUUGCCAAACUCUUGGGAUGAGGCAAAGAUUAAGGAUCUUUGCAAGCAAUAUGGUGACAUUGAGAAAGUUCAACUCUCCAAAAAUUUUACUACUUCGAAGCGGAAAGAUUUUGGAUUCGUUACUUUUGUUUCUCGAGAAAGUGCUCUUAAUUGUGUGGAGGGAUUAAACAAAGCCGAACUUGGGGAGGGGGAGACCAAGAUCAAAGCAAACCUUGCUAAGCCCCUUAACAAAGGGCGUCUUGCCAAGCAAGGGGCACGUGGAGGUUUUAGGCUUAAGAAAGAUGGAGAGAACAUUGGCCAAGGGCCUGGUGAGCCGAGUGGUUCCAAGUUGAAAGGGAUGAAUUCUCAAGGUCGCUUCAAGGCUAAAGGCCAAUUGAAGUCAAAAGGCGCAAAAGGGAAGCUACAUGAGGCAAAACCAGCAGAUAAACAUCCUAAUAGGGGGCAAAUUGCUCAGCAAGGAAAACGCAAUAGGAGAGACCAAGAAAUUGAUAAUCGUAGACCUCCAAAGAGAACACGCAAUGAUAGGAGCAAUUACGGCAAUGUGCAUGGCUUUCCUACCAGGAACAUGGCUAUCGAGAGAAACUAUAGGCCUGCUAGGCCUAUAGAGUAUCCUCCCUCAUAUGCUUAUAGGGAGCCAUAUGCAGCUGACUAUUCCUCGAGAUAUUUGGCUUUGGACCCCCGUGGAGGAUACGUUUCAUCUUCAAUAGGGCAAGGUCAAGCAUCGUAUGGAGCUGCUGGCUAUGGUGGCCAACCAAGUAGUUCUGCAUAUGCUUAUGGUUAUGGAGGAGGGACACUUCCACCUUCCUAUGCGGAAUAUCGCGAGGGAGCCUAUGGUUAUUCAAGAGGUGGAUAUCUCUCACGUGGUUCAAGACCCUAUUAUUAAUCCAUCAAGGAUCGUGGACCUGUUUGAGAUGCUUCUAUUGCAGAGAUUACUUUCGAGUCUCAUCAGUGAUUCAACAAGGAAAUCAUACACUGGAGAAAUAAAUCAAAGCUUAUUAUUAAGCUUCUCUCAUGUUUUGCCAGCCUUGUUGAUUUUUCCUGAGAUCUUUGAUAUGUUGUACUAUCUUCUAAACGUUAUGAGUUCCUUUACUUACUACAUUUUCCUCUCUAAAGGGAAACUUGAUCGAUACAGUCAAAGACAAGCUAGUGCAAGAUCAAGAUCUCUUCUCUGCAUACACCCCCGGUCCAUAUUGUACAUCACUGCAGGUCAAAAACCUAGUAAAUGGAUUUUAGAGAGUAAGAAAAGCACGAUCUUGAGCUUGCCUCAAAAUUUAAAUCUUCUUCAAAACUGAAUAUGGUUCUUUCAGUUUGAUGGA